GCCUGGCCCCAGGCGGCCCUGUUCCCUGCCUGCCCUGAGCCUCCCCCAGCUCCCUCUCCACCCUCACCAUGGCCAAGCCCCACGUCGUCCUGGGCAUACUGCUGGGCCUGGCAGCCGUGAGCACCAUUAUUGCUCUGUCGGUGCUGUACUCGCAGGAGAAGAACAAGAACGCCGAGAGCUCUCCUGGUGUGGUCCCCACCAGCCCCGCCACUACCGUGAGCACCACCUUGGACCAGAGCAAGCCGUGGAACCGGUACCGCCUCCCCCGGACCCUGGUGCCUGAGUCUUACAACGUAAAGCUGCAGCCUUUCCUCACCCCCGACAACAAUGGCCUGUACAUCUUCAAGGGCUGGAGCACCGUCCGCUUUACCUGCAAGGAGCCCACCAAUCUCAUCAUCAUCCAUAGCAAGAAGCUCAACUACACCACCCCCAACGGGCACAGGGUGACCCUGCGGGGUGUGGGGGGCUCCCAGCCCCCCACCAUCGACAGGACCGAGCUGGUAGAGCUCACCGAGUACCUGGUGGUGCAUCUUAACGGCGAGCUGCAGGCGGGCAGCAUGUACGAGAUGGACAGUGAGUUUGUGGGCGAGUUGGCCGAUGACCUGGCAGGCUUCUACCGCAGCGAGUACAUGGAUGGCAAUGUCAAAAAGGUGCUGGCCACGACGCAGAUGCAGUCUGCAGAUGCCCGGAAAUCCUUCCCAUGCUUCGACGAACCGGCCAUGAAGGCGACAUUUAACAUCACUCUCAUCUACCCCCGUAACCUCACAGCCCUGUCCAACAUGCUGCCCAAAGGCCCCAGUGUCCCGUUCCUGAAUGACUCCACCUGGAGCGUCACCGAGUUCCACACCACGCCUGUCAUGUCCACGUACCUGCUGGCCUACAUCGUUAGUGAGUUCACAAGUGUGGAGCAGAAGGCGCCUAAUGACGUGUUGAUACGGAUCUGGGCUCGACCUAGUGCAACCGCGGCAGGUCACGGCAUGUAUGCCCUGAACAAGACAGGCCCCAUCCUCAGCUUCUUCGCUCAACAUUAUAACACAGCCUACCCACUUGAGAAAUCCGACCAGAUCGGCUUGCCCGACUUCAACGCUGGCGCCAUGGAGAACUGGGGGUUGGUGACGUACCGGGAGAACUCCCUGCUGUUUGACCCGCAGUCCUCGUCCAGCAGCAACAAGGAGCGCGUGGUCACCGUUAUUGCUCACGAGCUGGCGCACCAGUGGUUUGGGAACCUGGUGACCGUGGCCUGGUGGAAUGACUUGUGGCUGAAUGAGGGCUUUGCCUCCUACGUGGAGUACCUGGGUGCUGACUAUGCAGAACCCACCUGGAACCUGAAAGACCUCAUAGUGCAGAACGAGCUGUACCGCGUGAUGGCCGUGGACGCGCUGGCCUCCUCCCACCCGCUGUCCGCCCCGGCCUCGGAGGUCAACACGCCAGCCCAGAUCAGCGAGAUGUUCGACUCCAUCUCGUACAGCAAGGGAGGCUCGGUGCUCCGGAUGCUGUCCGACUUCCUGACGGAGGACCUGUUCAAGAAGGGCCUGGCGUCCUACCUCAAUACCUUUGCCUACAGCAGCACCACCUACCUGGACUUGUGGGAACACCUGCAGAAGGCUGUAGACAAUCAGGAAAAAAUCAAGCUGCCCACCUCCGUGCGUAACAUCAUGGACCGCUGGAUCCUGCAGAUGGGCUUCCCCCUCCUCACCGUGGACACCAGGACGGGGAGCAUCUCCCAGCAGCACUUCCUCCUUGACCCCACGUCCGUAGUCACUCGUCCCUCAAAUUUCAGCUACCUGUGGAUUGUUCCCAUCUCGUCUAUCAGAAAUGGUAAACCGCAGGACAAGUAUUGGCUGGACGGCGUCCCACAAAAUCAGAGUGAUCUGUUCAAAACCACAGGCAAUGAUUGGGUCCUGUUGAACCUCAAUGUGACGGGCUAUUACCAGGUGAACUACGACGAAGACAACUGGAAGAAGAUUCAGAAUCAGCUAAACACAGAUCUGUCGGCCAUCCCUGUCAUCAAUCGGGCACAGGUCAUCCACGACGCCUUCGACCUGGCCAGUGCCCAAAAGGUUCCUGUCACCCUGGCGCUGGACAACACCCUCUUCCUGAUCCGAGAGACAGAGUACCUGCCUUGGCAGGCUGCCCUGAGCAGCCUGAGCUACUUCAAGCUCAUGUUCGACCGCUCCGAGGUCUACCCCUUCAUGCAGAACUACCUGAAGAAGCAGGUCACACCCCUCUUUAAUCAUUUCAAAAAUGUCACCAACAAAUGGACUAACCGCCCAGAAAAGCUAACAGACCAGUACAACGAGAUUAACUCCAUCAGCACCGCGUGCUCCAGUGGGGUUCCUGAGUGCAAGCAGCUGGUCACGGAGCUUUUCAGCCGGUGGAUGGGUAACUCCAGUAAUAACCCGAUCCACCCCAACCUGCGGUCCACUAUCUACUGCAACGCCAUCGCCCAGGGUGGCGAGAGAGAGUGGGACUUCGCCUGGGAGCAGUACCAGAAGGCCACAGUGGUAAACGAAGCCGACAAGCUCCGAGCAGCCCUGGCUUGCAGCAAAAAAGUCUGGAUCCUGGACAGGUACCUGAGUUACACACUGAACCCUGAGUUAAUCCGGAAGCAGGAUGCCACCUCCACCAUCAUCGCCGUCGCCGGCAACGUCGUCGGGCAAUCUCUGGCCUGGAACUUUAUCCAGAGCAACUGGAAGAAGCUCUUUGAGGAUUACGGUGGUGGCUCCUUCUCCUUCUCCAACCUCAUCCAGGCAGUGACCCGACGAUUCUCCACUGAGUACGAGCUGCAACAGCUGGAGCAGUUCAAGAACAGCAACAUAGGCACAGGCUUCGGCUCAGCCACGCGAGCUCUGGAGCAAGCCCUAGAGAAGACCAAAGCCAACAUCAAGUGGGUGAAGGAAAACAAGCAGAAGGUGUUAACAUGGUUCACAGACAACAGCCAAUAGUCCCCGCCCUUCAUGUGAGAUGCCCAGGUGCAUAUGUCCCAGUGACCCCUGGCUGGGCCCCCCUUCCUGGAGCCCAAGGCACCAGCACCCUCCCUUCAGGGACCAAGUCUCUGGCCCACGUCCUCUCCCCUCUGCCUGUGGGGUUAAUCCAGCUCCUGAUGGCCAAACUGUCCAAACACUUCCACCCCUGCCCUUGUGCCAACCCUCCCCCAGGCCUGGCAUGGCCCCUGGGGCCCAGAGCCUUGGGACUGAUCUCAGGGAAGCCCAGCUCCAGCGCCAGGUGAGCAGAAGCCCUUAUGGACUAGGAAUGGCCUUGUGGGGGCUGCCCUGCGCCUUCUCUCACCUUUCCAAAAAGACCCUGAAACCGGACACUCAA